AUGUCAAUCGCAACAAGCUCUUCGAACAGUGCAAUGGGGCUUCCAUUGAAAAACAAGAAACGAAAGAGAAGACAUCAAAACAAACCGGCCAUCUCUGCGAGAUUGAUUCUGGAUGAGCAUGUGAAAGGGGAUAUCGGAGUCAUUUCUGGGGAUUUGGCAAAAGAUCUGUGUCUAGGACAGAGCGGUGUACCUGAUGAUACAGUUCAUUACAUCGCGAUCUCUCCUUGUAGUCCCUCAACAGCAGUCGAAGACUCGACGUGGACUGUUGUUCCUGUUCGGUCCUCGAACAAUUUGGCAACUUCCACUGUGCAAUUCUCACCCGAAAACCCGACCUUACAAGCAUUCGCGGAAACCCUGCAGAGGGUCGCGCCUUCCAAAUUAUCGAGCAACAGUCGUAGCGGAAUUGAGAUACGCGUCCUAGACAUAGUACCUUUACCCUUAGAGACAGUGUUUGUUACGAUCGAGGGGGAAUCUGCGAAGAGACUAGAGAAUGGAGAAGGGACAUUUCACGGAGAACAUCCACAGGCGAAUGGGCAUACAAAGUCACUGAGAAACGGAACAAGUCCCGAGGACAAAUUGACCAAGGCAAUUCGAGAAGCUUUGAGAUCGCUGAGAGUUGUGCAUACUGGAGAUUAUGUUCAAUUACCUUUGCAACCUCAUCCAAUCACCCACGUUCCUCCCCCUCCAGCAAAAGUCACUCUUAGCGAGCCUGUAGGACAAGGACUGCUGUCGCCAAAAACCAGGAUUAUCGUCACUCAGACUGGACACCAUGCGAAAAGUCCACCAAAACACACAGCUAUCCCAUUAAAUGGAGGGUUAAACCAAGUGACGGAAGAGGACGAGGAUACAAGUAAUGACCAAUUCUAUUCCGCUGCGGAGGACAGAUACAAGACCGAUACUGCUUUUGAAGGGGAAUCUGAUUAUGUCACAGAAACAGACACCGAAAUAGAAAGUAGUGCCGACAAUGAUAGUCUUUCGGAUGACUCCAUGGAGGAUAUGAUCUCGCUCCAAGUACCUGUAUUACCAUCCCAUAACGCCAGCGGAAUCUCGACGAUACAGCCUGGAUCUCCACAGACAAUUAUUCCAGGCGGACGAAGGACGAACGGUGUUGCUACCCCGGGCUCCGUAUUCUCUUCUUUUACGGCCACUACUCGUGCAGGUGGGCAAAGUGGAAGAUUGUUCAAAACGCAAGGACUAGCAAGACCGCUCUCUGACGAAAUGCUGCACCCAAAGCCUAAUGCUGAUGAUGAUGAGGAGGCAAGAAUAUUCGUUGAUAUCAAUUCUCUAACUAAGAUCGGUUGUUUCUCAGGAGACUGGGUGCGGUUAGAAGCAGCUGCAGAACCACCUGCCAAUGGUGUGGGGCUUUGGGGACUGGGGAGCUUUGGAGAUGUUGAGGAAGAGAAGCCCUGGCGACCUGUGAAGGUUUUUGGUCUACCCGAAAGCUAUUCACAUCGCCCCAUGACCAAAAUACCACGUAGCAAACAGGAGGGCCGAAGAUUGUCGUUCUUUGAAUCACAAGUCCAAAAACCAGCAAGCCCACUGGCUUAUAUGUCACCUCUACUUCUUGCAAACUUGGAAAACACAUCAUACUGUCGCAUUGCACCCCUGAAACGUGCGCCACAAAUAUUGAAGACGCCAUUAGCUAAGAUCAAUAGCUUUUCAAAUCCCCCCACAGCAAAAGAUUUAACUCUCAUGAAGAUUUCGACCCCUGCUUCGAAUGAGCGUACUUUGCAAAAUGCUCUGUUUGCUGGGCUGAAAAAGUAUUUCUCUCAAAAGAGGAGAAUCGUAAGGAAGGGCGAUCUCAUUGCUGUUCCAAUUGAUCAAGGCCUUGGUAGAACUUUACAAUCAUCCACUGGUGAAGACCUUGAAAUCGAUGAAAUGUUUUCGCAUGCAUCAUUGGCUGAGGCAGAACCCACUAAAUCGGCCAAAACUACUGCUGCGGCUUGGUAUAGGAUAAGUUAUGUCGGUCUGACGAAGGACAGCUCAGAUACCAAUGAUGAGGAAGAUAUUUGGGGUGGCGUUGCCUCAAUUGACGCAUCGAAUACACGUAUGAUGCAGUCGGGCAGUGAGAAUAGUCGAUUACCUGCAACUAUGGAGAAUUCUUGGGAGUAUUACCUUGGGCUGAAGUCACUUUCCAAGACUGAUCUCGAAUCCAGCGCAAUACCGGAGGUCAAAAAACCACAUGUCACAACUUUACAACGGCGUUUGAGAGAAUUAAUCGCCGCAGCUACAAGCCCUAGAGCUAUACAUCUAAACUUGCCACCGCUUGCAAUUCUUCUUGUCUCCACGCAACGUAGCAUUGGUAAAGCAACAUUAGCAGCUAAUGCUUGCGCAGAUAUUGGCUUACAUACUUUUAAGCUUGAUGCUAAAGAUGUUAUCAAUGAAAGUGGAGGUGGAAGUGAUGUCAAGACUGCCGGAUUUCUCGAGGCACGCGCUGAAAGAGCUAUGAAUUGUGGUCCCGCAUUCUGCGCACUCCUCAUACGUCACAUUGAAUGUCUUACUGCUGAUAGAAUGGUCACUACAUUGAAAGAUAUUCAAAGCGGCACGAGAGUUGUUAUUGCAACUACAACCGAGGUAGACAAAAUUCCAGACGGUAUUCGGGGUUUGUUCACCCACGAGCUCGAGAUGACUGCUCCUGAUGAGUGGGAGCGGGAGGGAAUACUUCGUGCUAUUAUUGAAGACCAAGCGAUUUCUCUAGCACCAGAUGUAGAUUUCAGCUCCGUAGCUGUAAAGACUGCUGCCCUCGUAGCUGGCGACUUACACGAUGUUGUGGAUCGAGCUCUCGUGGCGCGUAACUCUCGCAUAGAAGCACUCGCAGCUGCGUCUACCACCCCUGAAAAUAUUGUUACAGUUCGCGAUAUCUUACUUUCUGCUGGGCCAGCAGGUCGUUGCCUUACCAAAGUCGAUUUUGAUGUUGCAGUAGAUUUUGCAAGGAAGAAUUUUGCUGAUGCGAUUGGUGCACCCAAGAUUCCAAACGUCGGUUGGGAUGAUGUUGGUGGCCUGUCGAAUGUCAAGGAAGCAGUAAUGGAAACUAUUCAAUUGCCUCUUGAGCGACCUGAACUAUUCGCAAAAGGCAUGAAGAAACGAUCUGGUAUUUUGUUCUACGGUCCUCCUGGAACCGGAAAGACUUUAUUGGCAAAGGCCAUUGCUACGGAAUUCAGUCUCAAUUUCUUCAGUGUUAAGGGACCAGAAUUAUUGAACAUGUACAUUGGAGAAUCCGAGGCCAAUGUCCGGCGAGUCUUCCAGCGUGCACGUGAUGCACGACCCUGUGUUGUUUUCUUCGACGAGCUUGAUUCUGUGGCACCUAAGAGAGGUAACCAAGGAGACAGUGGUGGAGUAAUGGACCGCAUCGUAUCACAAUUGUUGGCUGAGCUAGAUGGAAUGUCUGAUGGAGAUGACGGUGGUGGAGGUGUCUUUGUUAUUGGUGCAACAAAUCGACCGGACCUUCUCGAUGCAGCCUUGUUGAGACCAGGAAGAUUUGACAAGAUGCUGUACCUGGGAGUAAGUGAUACCCACGAGAAGCAAGAAACUAUUCUAGAAGCUUUAACGAGAAAGUUCACACUUUCUCCUACGCUAUCUCUUGCUCGUGUCGCUUCUGGGCUUCCUUUCACAUAUACAGGUGCCGAUUUUUAUGCACUUUGUUCAGAUGCUAUGCUUAAAGCUGUAACUCGCCAAGCAUCCUAUGUAGAUUCACAUCUCGCCAAACUUAAUUCCGAACGCGGAAGCGAGGGCAAAGGAAAGGUUUCAACAGCAUAUUGGUUUGACCACUAUGCAAAAGAAGAUGAUCUUCGUGUAGUUGUACAAGAAGAGGACUUUGAAGCUGCAGGAAGGGAAUUGGUUCCCAGUGUUAGUGCUGGAGAGUUGGAGCAUUAUGCGAGAGUUAGAGGCCAAUUCGAAGGCAAUAAAGAUAAAGACAAAGUCGCGCCAAGGCCUAGCUCGUCGAGUAGCUCAAGAAGUUCGAGGAAAGGAAAGGGAAAAGGGAGGGCAGAUGUCAAAGGCAAAGGAAAGGCCAAAGAUAUGGGUGACUGGGAUGAGAAUGCUGAGGAUGGUUAUUAUAAUGGCACUGACGAAGAACAACUUAAUGGUACAAUCAGAGUGAAGCCAAAGGGAAAGGAAUCUGUACAGGGAUUGUUCCAAGAUGGAAGCAUGGAAGAUGAAGAAAAUCUAUAUUAA